ACGAAAAGAAAGAUAGGGCCGGCCGCCGUGAUUACCGCAGCAGGCAGCUCAGCACCACACAGCCGCUUGCUGCCUCUCCUCCCAGAGGGUGGGAUGGGGGAGAGAAGGAAGGAAUGGUGAAAGAGAGAUAAUUCGUGGGUUGAGACAAAGAGUGUAAUAACUAAAAAGUAACAACACCACCAAAAAGGAAGCAAACCCAAGAAAAGUAAUUGAUGCAAAAACCUCCAGGUGUUCACCACCAGUGGGACAAUCCCUUCCCUGAGGCAAAGCAGCUCCACCAAGUCCCAAGACCUUAGUUUUUGUUUCUGACUGUGACAUGAUUUAGUAUGGGAUAUUGUUUUGGUCAGUGGGAUCAGCUGUUCCAGCCAUGUCUCCUGCCAACUCCUUGUGCACCUCCAGCCCUCUCACUCCUGGGGUGAGGAGCAGAAAAGGCCUUGACCCAGUGUAAACAAUGCUUGAUCGGAACCAAAAUAUCACUGUCCUGUAAACACAGUUUUCAUCACAAAUCUGAAACAUAGUCCCAUAUCACCUACUAUGGAGUGAAUUAUAUGUGUCCAAGGCAAGCACAGAACACUGGGCUGGGAAGCCACUUUGGGGGAAAAACAGAGAAGACUUUUACAUGGGUGCAUGCCUCUCUGGGUGAAGACAAAUAAAAUGGAGAAUGAGGUGCCUUUUUGGACACUUCUUUCUACAAUGUUGAGUAAAAGUGGAAAGCUGGAUUUCACCUGUCUCUAGGGUCAGUGAAUAUCUCUGAGACUUCUAAGUAAGGCAGAUGCUUGAAAGCUCAAUAUUUGAACUGAGAAACACUGUAGCAGAACUGGAAAAAAGUCUUAACAGUACUGAAAAUGAAGAUAAUGAAUGGAAAACCAGAUAUGAGACACAAGUAGAAUGGAACAAGCAGCUGGAAAGGCAAAUUAAUAUUCUUCAAGAUAAGGUGGAGCUUAUUCGUGGAAAUCCAGCAGAUAAACUGUCCUUUGUUCGCACCUUUGAUAAAAUGCCUGUGGGUUCCUUAAAGGAGGUUCUUAAACAGCUAGAAGAAGAGAAGAAAAUUCUCCAGAACCAGCUAAAGGACUAUGAACUUAGACUGGAACAAGAAACAAAGGCUUACCACAAAGUUAAUGAUGAGCGGCGCUUGUACCUCUCAGAGAUCUUACAGACCUCAGCUAAACCUAAAAUUUUUGAAAGGAAAAAACCUGAUGCUCUGACUGGCAAGGGAGGAAAACAGAUACUGAGAGGAAGACACAGUGUUCCAGGAAACCUGAAGAUGGUUAAUCCUCAGGUUAACGAUCAAUUAAAAAGAUUGUAGGAGUGAACCAACUUCCACAGCUAAAGCACUGAUUUAAUAUUAAUGCAAAAAACUUCCAGUCACUUUUUUAAAAAAUUAAUUUGACUGAAACUUUCUAAAUUGAAAAUGAAAGUGUGUCUUAUUGCAAUGCCAGACCCCAAUGUCUUCUUGGCAGCCUUAGUCUUAAGUGUUCCUCUGCCUAAUGGAAUUGAUCUUCUAGUUGCCAUUUUUGUACUGGUGACCUCUGACCAUUUCCAUUCUGCUUCACAUCAGUGAUUCUGAGGGUGUUGGAAAAGUUGGAGAAUAUUUAAUGUCUUUUACACCAUGUAGAUCCUUGAACUAUGCAGCCAUGGAAAACAAACAAGCCUCUAGUAUUUUUGACCUCAAUCCAAGAAGAAGGAGGCAGACUGAUGUAACCUGAAGUAUUGUCUAAAUAUAAAUUUUUUUAAAAGCUAGCUUGCCACAGAUACCAUGUUGACUACUACUUUCUGUCUACAUGGUUUAGAAGCACAGCACCAUUUCCAGCUGCUUCAGCCACUAGUAAUGGAUAGAAAUGACAGAAAAAUUUGUCACUUUUUAUUAAGGAAUCUUCAGAGCCUAUCUUGUGGAAUGUUGUUUCUUUUAAACACUAUAUAUGUUCUAUACAGAAACACAUAUCCUGAUAGAGGUAUGUUGCUCUUUGAAAUUUGAAUUCUCAGAUGAACCCUUGUAUCCACAGUCUUGGGUCAUAAAAAUCUCUGUCUUCUUCAGUGACAUUGAUCCUUGUGCUUUUAGGAUCCAAAAUAGUGCCAGUCCUAAAAAUCAUCUCUUCAGUGAAAGUAGAACUAUUUUUUCUCUUCAUUCUUAAGCAUGCAAUUAUUGUUGCAGUUUUAUUACCCACAUUUUAGUCAUUAAAUUCAGCAAAAUUUUUUCAAGUGGCAAUGGGAAAAAUGUUUUUGUAAUGAAGCUUCAAUCCUCUGGGUUACAUCUUAAAAGCUCUUGGCAGAGUAAAAGUGGUUGCUUCACUGCCCUUUAUUAUUUUAAGAGCAUUCCUAACUCUUUGCAAUAAAGUUUUUUCCCUCUUUAAGAGCAGUACUAAUAGUUCCUCAUUCCUGGCAGCAUUAAAAUGACACUGUAAUUAACUCAUAGUAAAAGACAAACCAAUGGUGUCAUUCUGAAAUGCAGGGAGCAAAGACGUGCAGCAUGGUACAGCAUAUUCAGUAUGGAAAUCCCUGGUUUUUUUCACUUACAUAGUAUGAAAUUCAUUACAGAUAUUUGUCAUGUUACCAUGGUGCACAUGGUAUAUCAUUCUUUCAUAAGCAGGUUGGUCUGCCUGGCUGGUUUUUUCCUCACACCAUAGCACAGCUGGUUAGGUUAGCACUCUUCUGUUUAUGUUUUUCACAUGAAAAAUUUCCAAAUGUUUGUUGUGCUGGUGUUUGUCACUGUGGUGAAGGAGAGGGGAAAAAAUCACCAUAGUGGCUCUAUUGGCAUAAAAGACAAGGGACAUCUGCAGUAGUAACAAAGAUCCAGUUCUUGGAUUCAUGCAGCAAGUAUUUCCUACUGCUGUCUCUUAAUCAAAUGUUAGUGCACUCAAGUCUGGUCUGUGUAGCACCUCAGAAUAACUGGAAAAACUGCACAAAUAUGACAGAACAGUUUUUCACAACAGGAGACUUGGAUGCUUCCCUCAAGGCUGUUCCUCACUGAGGACAUGAAAAGAGACUUCUUUUGAAGCCUUAAAAGAGACAUGUAUUGGUACAGGAAUGACUUGGGAGAAGAGCAGACUAUGUCCUAUUUAGUCCCUGUUUCAAAUUGCCAAGAACAAUUUGAUUUAAUUUGGGAUUCGAAAUGCAGUAGCAUGAUAACUAAUUGCUAAAACUUCUGCUUUUUUACCAUUGUAAUUGUAUGUCCAGCUGUAAUUUUUGUUGUGGAAAAUGGUUAUAGUUCAAUACUCAUACUCUUUUAAUUACUUGGCAUUUCAUUUCUUUCCUGGUUUUCUGAAAAUAAGGACAAACAUGGUAAUUAAAUUUGACAACUCAAAUUUCUUUGCAACAACAAAAAAAGAGUGGUUGGUUUCAAAAGUGUAGGUGUCUUUGGAUCAAAAUAAAACUUUUACACUUUUGGCUUUCCCAAAUCAUGUAGGGAUUAUUUGUUUGAUUUGGUGAGGUUGGGUGAAUGAGUGUUUUGAAAUUCCUGGAUUUAUCUUGUGCUAUCUUGAGCUUUUCUUACUGUUUUGUUGUCCUGUGAAAUGCAUUUUUUUUUACAUUUGCAAAAAUGAACAGUUAGAUGGCUUUCUGUAAUAUCUUUGAUAUGAAUAUUUCAGCACAUUUAGGAUUAAUUAAUCCUUCAAGUACUUCAUAGUAUGCAGUAUUAUUUUAGGCCUAGAUGACAGAAUCAGGUUUAUUUAAAGUAGAUAUGGGAGCGUAGUGAUAUCUGGUUUUCCCCUGAUUUCACAACAGGGUGAUGUUAUGUAAUGCUGCCAACCAUUCCAAUAUAAAGUUGGCCUCCUCUCAAGUCUCUGUGCAUACGUGCAUCAUAUGUGACACUGAAGAAAUCUGAAACCAAAAAUGGGAAACUGGAUUGCUGACAGUUGUGGUCAGCAGUUGAAUGGAGCUGAACAUCAGAGGAAGACAGGAUCAGACGUGAAGAUUUGAGUCUGGCCAAACUUCUUCCUUCAGUGUUGAAUGUACUUGAUAUUCCAGAUAUACUGACUGUAGUGUGUAAGUGGCUUUAAUUGAUGGACUGGGGAAUUUGAUAUCCUAACUCAGCACUUGACAGUAUGCUGCCUUUACAUGAUUACUCAUGUAUUUCCAUUAAUUUCAGAUGAGUCAUGAUUCUGAGGUAACUAAGGCAUUUUAAGUAUUUACCCCAUAUAAAAUAUGGGGUAUGGAAAAUAUGGUUUGGAAAUGGGUAUGGAAAUAUAGGGUAUGGAAAAUAUAUGGUUUCUGGAAAAUAUAAAUUUAAAAUCUCAAAUGCUGGUAAGCACACAUUUCUUAUUUCCAAAAAAAACCCUUUCUUUUUUUAUUUUAGAGUCUCAUGAUUAAAUGUGGUAUUGAGUCGUGAUAUCUGGUUUUAAUUAAUCAGUUUAGCAGCAGUGUACUGUUCUAUGAUGGAAUAAAAUUAAAAUGUUUAUUGGACAGGCAUUGACUGUGUGGCUGAUUAUUAUGUAAUUAUGCAGCAUAACCACAGGCUGCAGAGAACUGGGGUGAUAUCAUUAAUAAGAAGCACGAUAUUUUGUUGCUUAAAUACUUUAUUUAAUGGGCUCUCUGUAUUUAAACUGACUAGGUGGUACAACUGACAGUUUCCCUGAUUCUUAUGAUAUUCUAUCUCUAUUGGCAAAGAUGAAGUGCAUAAUUUAGGCUUAAUACAUUUCCAGUAGAGAAGGAUGCUGUGCAGGCCUUUUUACAAAUGUGAUGCAGACA